AUGACGACUGCGCUAGGUCCGUCUCCUCUAUCGCACAAACGGUUAGCUAUAGACAUGAUUGCGGCAUCCCUCCAGGAAGAUCGUGGCUAUCAAGCAAAGUUUUUGGAUGUUCUACGAUUCCAAGAUUACAAUAUGGAUUUACUGGAGAAAUUUCAGACGAGAACUGUUUUCUGUUUAGGCACCACGAUAGCCACACAUAUCUUUCAAAAGGAGGUAGCGAGGCUUGCAUGCUCCCAUCGCUUCCUCAUGCAUCUCGUCCAAGCAGUUACCGCUUGCCAUGAUCGCUAUCUGGCAGGAUCCAGUUAUGCAGAGCCUGAUCCACUUGAGAGCUACAAUCUCAAUUCCGGACUCGUCUUAUACCAGCAAAAACUGAGCCAGCCUCUGCGGCCCACAGAUCGAGAUGCUUUAUUUGUUGCUGCAAGUCUGACGGGCAUUGCCAGUUUCGCUACUUUUCAAGCCCGGACGGUCGAAGAUGGAUGGCCAUUGAGAGAUGGUGAUCUGAAUUGGUUACGCCUAAGCAGUGGCAAGCACGCCGUGGUUGAGCUAAUAGACCCCUCGGGAAAGGAGAGUAUGUGGAAACCGCUCAUUGAAAAUGUCGCGAAAGAAUACUGGGCACAUGAUGUGAAUGAGGAGCGCUGCACAGUGUUCGACCAUCUUUGCAGCCCUCGCGAAACAUUGAUCUCGACAAUUGAGAAUCCUUACCAUGAGACUAUUGAUAAGCUGGCAACUAUUCUUGCUCUUGAGUGCAAUGAGAAAAAUUGGAUAAGGUUACUCUGCUUCCUCAUGCAUGCAACGCCUGGUUAUACGAGCCUUCUACAGCAGAAAGACCCAUGGGCAUUGAUGAUGCUUGCAUACUGGUACGCUAAGGUCUGCCAGGCUCGAUGGUGGCUCGCACGGCGCGGGAUUUUAGAGGGAUUAGCAAUAUGCCUCUACAUCGAGAGAAACUGUCUGGAGGACCAGAAACUUCAAGAAGCUGUUACUUGGCCGAAGCAGAUCCUAGAGAGCCUGAUGGCCAUCGAGCAAAUAGAAUAUAGCUAA